UAGUUGCGAAACGCGAGAGAAACCAAAAAAGAUUCGAACAAAACGCAAAAACCCUAAGAAGAGCUCACGGUAUUAUAAUCGCCGUCGAUUUCUCAAUCCCUCACCGGCGAUUCUCACGCCGGUGAAACGUGUACCAUUAUUAGCCUGUAAUAGAUAGAUAGAUAGAUAGAGAUUUGUUUAGGUAAAUUUUUUUUAGAAGAAUCAUGUAUAGAGAAAGAGGUACGGCGAAUUCGAGACCUGAGGUUGUGGAUCGUAAACGGAUCAACGACGCUCUCGAACGGCCUUCUCCGUCAACGUCUCGUCAAGUUAACGGUAAAGGCAAAGGAACCGUCACGGCGGCGACGGCGAGCUCCGUUUUGAUGGGGAAGAAGCAGCAGCAGCAGUCGAAUGAUAGCCAUAGUAGAGAUUCGCGUUCUGCUUCUCUCUCUAAGAACAAUAAUGUUUCUGACGAUGAAUCAGAUACAGAUAGUGAGGAAUCAGAUGUUAGUGGGUCUGAUGGAGAGGACACUUCAUGGAUAUCUUGGUUCUGUAAUUUACGAGGGAACGAGUUCUUUUGUGAAGUUGAUGACGAUUACAUUCAAGAUGACUUCAACUUGUGUGGACUCAGCAGUCUAGUUCCUUACUACGAGUACGCUCUUGAUUUGAUCUUGGAUGUUGAAUCUUCUCACGGAGAGAUGUUUACAGAGGAACAGAAUGAGUUGAUCGAGUCAGCUGCUGAGAUGCUUUAUGGACUGAUUCAUGCUCGUUACAUAUUGACAAGCAAAGGGUUGGCUGCUAUGUUAGACAAGUAUAAAAAUUAUGACUUUGGAAGAUGCCCAAGAGUUUAUUGCUGUGGCCAACCUUGUCUUCCGGUUGGCCAAUCCGAUUUACCUCGAUCUAGCACAGUGAAGAUAUAUUGCCCAAAAUGUGAAGAUAUUUAUUACCCACGAUCGAAGUAUCAAGGCAACAUUGAUGGAGCUUACUUUGGGACAACGUUUCCACAUCUGUUCUUGAUGACUUAUGGGCAUCUGAAACCACCAAAGGCAACACAAAACUAUGUUCAAAGAGUGUUUGGGUUCAAAUUACACAAACCGUGAAGGAAGUUUCAAAGACAAAACCCAUGAAACAAAAAGCAUUGUAAUCACCGAAGGGCAAAGGUGAAGAGAGCUGUCAUGGCUUUAUUUGUCUUGAGGUACAUACUCAUUAGAAGCAAUCAAGAAGCAUGGUUAGAAGAAAGAAAAAAAACCAAAAUCUUUUGAUGAGUUUGUUAAACUUGAACCUGUAUUUUUCUACGUUUUCCUUCUUAUUAAUGUUAUAUCUGAUAUCAGAGAA